AGCAAGAAAAAUCCCUAGGGCUUUUAGGGUUUAUCAAAAAUCGCAAGCGAAAAUGCGACCUCUAGAUGAGCAAGAAACAACACAAGUAUUCGAAAAGCUCCACAAAUUCGUCGGCAACAAUCUGAAGAACAUUGUAGAAAACCCAUCUCACGAAGGCCCGGACAACUCACCUGGCCGCUACUGCUUUCGUCUGCAGAAAAACAGAGUUUACUACGUAUCGGAAUCCCUGGUGAAACGAGCAACGAACAUAAAGCGCGACAACUUGGUAUCCCUCGGGACCCAGUUAGGAAAAUUCACAAAAGGAGGUAAAUUUCAUCUCACUGUUCAGUCUUUAGGCCUUUUGGCAGAAAAUGCGAAGCACAAGGUGUGGUUAAAGCCGACAUCUGAGAUGAGUUUUUUGUAUGGGAAUAAUGUGUUGAAAGGGGGAGUUGGGAGAAUUACGGAGAGUAUUAGUGAGCAUGAUGGGGUGGUUGUGUAUUCGAUGUCGGAUGUGCCGUUGGGAUUUGGGGUUGCAGCAAAGAGUACUCAAGAUUGUAGGAAAAUGGAUCCCAAUGGGAUUGUUGUGCUUCAUCAAGCUGAUAUUGGUACCUUUUGAGGGAGUUGGAUGCAACAACACUGCUGCAUGUGUUUAGAGAACAAAACAGGGUGGCUGAUCAACUAGCAAAAGAAGGAAGGAAUGUCAGUCUUUUUGGUGCUUCAUUUUUGCUCCUGCAUGUUCCCCUCUAUCAGUCCAAGCUCUUCUACGGGCUGAUAUAGUAGGAACUCCUUCAACUAGACUUGCUUCAAACAAUGUUAUUAUCCCACCAAGCCGGGUUAUGGCUGGAAACUCUAUACAUGUCGGGGAAAAACUCUAUUUCCUAAUUAAUUAAUGAAAUCCUUGAUUACCAAAAAAAAAAAAAAGGAAAAAGGAGUUGGAAAGUGAAUGUUAGUAUACAAUAAUAUUUAAUCAAGUGAUGUUGUAUUAAUUCAUUCAAUC